GUACACUACAACACUUUUCAAUUCUUUUACUUUCCCACGGUCUUGACUCGGAGCCCUACACUCCUUUCCCCCUUGAAAUUGGCGAACCUCUGGUAAGCGGCGACACACAGACGAAACGGUAGACGGCGACUUGAUCGUAAGACCUCAAACGGCGAUACAACUGUCCAGAACCUCCAAGUCAGAGCGCUCAGUCGCAUAAAAGGCGCAGCAUGUCUACAACCCUUGGCUCCUUCAUAGCCGGCGGCAUAGCAGCAUGCGGAGCCGUGACAGUGACGCACGGCUUCGAAACAGUCAAGAUCCGACUACAACUACAAGGCGAGCUAAAGGCAAAGAGCGAUGCGCCGCGGUUAUAUAGGGGAGUCUUCCACGGUGUCGGCGUCAUUCUCAAGAACGAGGGGCCCCGAGGCCUAUUACGUGGGUUAGGAUGUGCAUACAUUUACCAAAUGACCCUGAACGGCUGCCGCCUGGGCUUCUACGAGCCCAUCCGCAAAACUCUCACCACAACCCUCUACCACGACCCCACUAUACAAUCCUUCUCGAUAAACCUUUUCGCAGGCGCCUCGUCGGGGGUCCUCGGCGCCGCAGCCGGAUCCCCCUUCUUCCUCGUGAAAACGCGGCUGCAAUCGUACUCGCCCUUCCUCCCCGUCGGCACCCAGCACCACUACCGCAACGCGCUCGACGGCAUGCGUCAAAUCUACUCUGCCGAGGGCAUAAAGGGACUGUAUCGGGGCGUGGGACCCGCAAUGGUAAGAACGGGGUUCGGCAGCUCGGUCCAGUUGCCCACGUACUUUUUCGCAAAGAGGAGGCUCGUCAAGCAUCUCGGCAUGCAAGAGGGUAUGCCGCUGCAUGUGGCGAGUAGUACCGCGAGUGGCUUCGUCGUUUGCUGUGUUAUGCACCCCCCGGAUACGAUCAUGUCGCGCAUGUAUAAUCAGACGGGCAAUUUGUACACGAGUGCGUUUGAUUGUUUGGCCAGGACGGUGAGAACAGAGGGCGUGCUGGCCUUGUAUAAGGGCUAUUUUGCCCAUUUGGCCAGGAUAUUGCCGCAUACGAUUCUCACCCUUACCCUCGCCGAACAAACUAUCAAACUCAUGCGCAUGGUCGAAGAUCGUAUCUUACCCGCUGAUGUGAAGGCCAAGAUGUAAAAUUCGUUAACCACCCCUUUUUGCGCGGGGCUCUUGUAAUAAUACCAUGUUAUUACCCAUCUUUUGAACGUCAUGUUGCCAAUUAUUAUAGAAAGAGAAGAAGAUAUAUUGUAGAAGAACACACAAAGAAAAUCAACAAAUGGAAAGAGUGAUUCGUACCUUUUUACAUAUUUUCAU